AAUACCUGGCCAGAAAAGGACAAAACAUUUACUUUUCAUUUUACAGAAUGGCAUCCAGUUAUACUGCUAGGUAUCUUCAAAUGAAACUGAAGGACCCAAGGAGAGCUGCACGCCAGUCUGCAGAAGGAAUGAGCCAUGAACCAAAGUCAUCUGCCCUGAGUAUAAUCUCAGCAACACAGAGGACCACAGCAACUGUGAAUCCCUUAUCUGAAUCCGCACUGAAUGGACCAGUUGUCAGAAAUGACAAUCAAACAGGUCAUGGGACACCAAACAUCCGAGGAGGUCAUACAGCUAGCUUUGCUGCAGCCCUUCGAAAACUGGCCAAGCAAGCAGAAGAACCAAGAGGCUCUUUACAUUGUAGUGAACAUGCUCCUAUAUCGUCACCAGUCGCUAAUCAUGGUUCUCCUGCUGGCACCCCCAAACGGGCUCCAGGAACAAUAAUAGUUCCACCUGGAACCCAAAGAGUGGCAAAUACUCCACCUGUAGUUACUAUUGCUCCAACACAAACUAUCAAUGGACUUUGGAGAGGAGACGGUCGACAGCCCUCAGGCAGAAUCCUGAGAUCCAGAAGUUCCGAUCACCCACUUUCUACAGAGUCUUUAUUAAAAAAUGAUAAGUCACCAGUGCCCACACAUGCUGCUCUCUCACAUCCAGCUUUCUAUUUAUCCAGCCAUCCCAUCCAAGAUUCACCCUAUUCAACCAUCAAUUUGCAGAGACCUGUUCCACACCUGGUAACUUCCGGCAGCAGAGCAGAUGAUUUCCUCGCAUGCUUCCGUCCAGAUCAUGAACAAGAUGAAAUGCAGACAUUGUCUUCUCUACCUUCAAUGGGAUUGAAUUCUACAACAGCUAAUACAGCUGCAACUUUCUACCAUCCUGCCUUCCUACCUCAUCUACCUUAUCAACACCCGCCGUACAGAAUCGAUGACCCUUAUUUCCUAUCAAUUCGACAACCAUUUUUCCACAUUCCACAGCCUGGUACCAUUUCAUCCAUCCAAGCUACCAACAUGAAACUCUCCCUCAGUGGUAUGAGAGGCCCAUCAGGCGUAGCACAAACAUCAUUCUCAGGCAUUCCCUCAGAUCAUUUGUCGGUUCAUACAGUAAGAAGGUUACAGGUAAAUGAUGAACUGAGAGAACAAGAAAAGGCUCCUGAACAUGAGAAAAAAGAUUGGAAACAAGGAGUUCAUCAAGAAAGGGAAGCUGAAGUACUAACAGAAAAAGGCAGGAAAAGAGAAAAGCAGCAAGAAAUGGAAUGGGAGAAAGGGAUUAAACGGAGAAAAGAAAUGAAACAAGAAAAAGAUCUCAAAACUGAAUAUGGUUUAGAAAAGAAUGCAGUUCUGAUCAAUGGUACAACAAAAAGACAUACGGAGGAAUGGAAGGAUUUCAAGUCUGCAGUGAAACAGCUAGAGAAAGUUAAACAGCCUUCUCCAGGAAGUGGAAAAAUUCGAACAGUGCCUCUGGAACAUAUAGCCCUACCUGUUUCCUCUUCCCUACUUAGUAUCCCCUCAAAUACUUCCUCGUACUCUUCAACCUUGGAGGGGAAGUAUGCACUGUAUCACCACCAUCACCAGCAGUGGAUGGAUAAACAUCCAGGACAUGGUGUUGACUUUCAUCAGCAUCACCUUCAGCAUCUUCAUAGGGAGCAAGGGCACCUUUUUUCAGAACAAAAACAAGACAGGAGUAGAUCUCUUCUCAAAGAUCCAAAUCAACACCAGCCACUACACAUAGGAGUCCCCCCACCUCUCAUCUCACCACAAUACCCUUUGAAAGAGACUUCCCCACUGUUGAGGCCCUUCAUUUCUGCCCACGCACUUCAACCAGCUCAAGCACUUAACUACAGCACUAAUUACUCUAAAGUUAACCAUGAAUCAACGAAGGAUUCAGAAAGACAUCAGAAUAUUAAUAUGAGGAAUGACGCUUCGAAUAAGACUGCUGGAGAGCACUUUAACCCACCACUUCCUAAAUCUUGCACUGCUAAAUAUAUGAAUGAAAACAAGAAAUCUGGAAUAUCAAGUUUAAGACUCGGUACAGGGCCACACCUGAAGGGCCAAAGUUCUAAUCAUCAGUCCAUAAACCACAUUUCAACUAGGCAUCUUGAAGAAUUGCAAGAAGAAUGCUUGGAUUUAUCCACCACCUCUGGAGCAACCGAUCUGAGUCAGAAAAACAAAAAGAUUACUCCAGUGCCCAAUAGGUAUACACUUUAUAGCAAUGAUGCCACUACCAGCAGGUACAACGAUGAGCUUCUACUCCAGCAGCCUGUUGUCAGCAAGUUAGAUUUGGCAGAAAAGAAACUAAAAGAAGCUAGGAUGAAUGGAGAAUUUUCUGGCUGCGAUUCUUCAGAUGAAGUAUUCUGCAAAGGAGAUAUGAAAAAUAGGAUAUGCAGUCAGGCUGAGCAACCUCCUCUUAAACUGGAUGAUGCUCCCAGGAAAAUGCUGUUUCUCAGGGCUGUGGGCCUAACCACUCAGAGAAAAAAAGAUCAAGUCAUACAGGAAAAGACGACAAAACAGCACGGGACGCUGAGAGUACAGAGCCCUUCCCCACUUUGCUUAGAGCAGAAACAAUGCUCUCCUCUUCCUCCUCAAGUAGAUUCUUUAAGCCAUUCGCCAGAUGAACUGAAUAAGGCAUCUGAUUUUGAGGAAAAGAAACAAUUUCUUGCACUCUUCAACUUAAAGCACUUGAGCACUGCACAGCGGAAAGAUUCACCUGGCUAUCCAGAUGUGGCUAACGUCAGUCAUCUCUCAGUCAUUCCACCUGACAGCAAUCCAACUGCUUGCUGUCAGGAAGAGCUGCCAGCUCAGCCUCAGGCAGAGCAAUACAGGCCACUGCUCACACCAGAAGCAUCAGAGCUUAUGUCAAAAGAUCACACAAGCAACGUAAAUGGGAACAAAUCUGACAAGCUGGGAGCUGCAGAUUCUGGCAGCACCUCAAGUGAUGAGGCCAAACCAUCUGGGACAGUAAAUGACCAGAAUAAAAAAUUCAAACUGGAUACAUUUUUUCAGGAGUUCCAGGAGUCUAAAUUGGAAAGCACUAAACAACAGGCUUCAGAUCAACCAAACGUGGUUGUUCAGCACAGUGACAGCUCAUUGGUUCAGAGUUCAUCAUUGUGUGACAAACUAAAAGAGCAAGUAUUUCAGAUGUUGCAUCAGAGCAGACAAGUUGGCCCUCAGCCUGAUGGACUAGACAGUGAGGAAGAAGUAGAUCAACAGCUAAAAUGGAAAGGUGUAACAGCUGUUCUUGAAGCCUACCAAGAAUACUUUGAAGAAAAAGAUCUGGAGCAGCAAAUUCUUCAGGAACAACUGAAUCGUCUUAAGGAAAGAAAUCAUGAAUUGAAUUUGACAGCAGAGCACCUCAGUUCACACAUGUUGGAUUUGCAGUUAAGUAAACAGAGAUAUGAAGUGGAGCGUCAGCAUCAGCAGGCUGCCCUCUGCCAUCUACGCAAGUGCCUUGAUCUGACACAUUGCUUGCCAACAUCGUCAUUCAGGUGAAGUGAGGAGCUUCACGUUCACUGAGCAAAGGUGAAACCUUAGUGGUGAAAUGUGUGCUCUGAGUUUAAACUGUUCAUUUCAAAGAGAUUGAUUACCUUCCAUUUGUACCAUUAUCAUUUGUUUCAAGGAUACAGUAUGGAGGUUUUCAAAUUAUCUUCAAAAUGAAGCUCUCCAGGAGACUCCUAUUGCCAAACAGCUCAGCUUGCAUGCUUAGUCUGCUCAGCCAAGCUUGAUCCAAAGCUACUAUAGCUUUAUCAGUGAUACACCAAGGGUUAAAAUGCAAAGCAGGAUGUAGACACCUGGAAGCUUCAGGUGUUAUAUUAAAUGAUGCAGUAAAGGCCACACUAAAUAAAUGAAUAAAUAGUUUUAGUGCCUUUAUGUAUUAAAUGGAAAUAAUAUUUUUGUUUUGGUUAAAUUUUAGCAGCGGAAAAUGCAUCUUUGUGAGUUUGUAUCAGAAGGACAAUGAGCCCAAAACCCAAUUAUGUGAAAUAAUUUGAACAUGCAAGCUUCUAAACAAAUUAUUAUAAACUAUUCAUUUUAUUUAUAGCCUCAAUAGAUUUUAAGGGUAAAGUCAUAAGCAUUUAACAGUCACCAAAUUCCUCCCUUUAACGAAAGAGUUAACUUACUUUAGGUUAUUUUCUUUGUUGAAAUAAAGUGAUGAAUCUGAAAUAAAUGCUUUCAGAACUCGUACUCACUGUAUUCUUUAAUGUAAUUUUCUUUUAAUGCUACCCUUUGCCCAGCAUGUGGUGCUUCGUACUUUUGAUAUUUAUAUAUAUUCACAUUAAACAGUCUUUUGAUUUGUAUAUUUAUAGCAUUGUUCAGUGAUCAUAAAGUUAAAAGUAUAUUUUGAUGUUUUGCAGCAGGUUUGCUUUUAAUCCAGUUGUUGGUAAUUAAAAGGUACAGAUUUACAAUGAAAUAAAUAGCUAAAUAGAGAGCUAGGGACUGAAUUUUGUAAAGGAAUAGAUCUGUUAUUUUUAUUUUGUGGCAUAAAUAAUGUAAAUGUUAAGGAAAAAUUACCUUUUACAACACAACACCACUUUAAAUAUAAGAAAUUACUUUAAGUAAUCUUUCUAUAUUUUGUUGUAUUGAAGCUACUUAUAGCAGAAAUUUUGCAGUGACAGAUUAAUGAAACUGGCCUCACUCUGAAUAAGGAUCAUAAAAGCCUUUAUUUCCAAGCAUCAUGAUGAUUUUAGCAUGCAAUGCCAUAUAAAUUUUUCUCAGUUUCCAAUAAAGGUGAAAAUUCAAGUGAAUUCUAGUUAGUUGAAAAUAGUCUAAAAUAAUUUUAAUUGCAGGAGUUAUAACUGUAAUCUUUACAAGAGUUGUUAUAUACAAUCUGAUGCAUUUUUGUGCAAUGAAAUAUUUUUGUUCAAAAUACUAGCCUUGUGCUAUUAAAACUUUGCUUCCAUUAAGCAUUUUGUAGCAGUUACUAAAAAGAUAGCUUUAGAUAGCUUUAGACUAUUUUUAGUAGUUCCUCAAAUAAAUUAUCAGAAAAAAAUUUGCAAUUGUGACUGUUUUCUUGAAGUCCUCUGACUAAGUUGCUUUUCAUUCAUUCAUUAUGUUAAACACUGGCCAAAUGAACAAACCAACUGUCGCAUUCUUAGAUAAGAUUAGCCUAGUUGUUUGUUAGCAAAGCCUAGGUUUUACCACAGCAGUUGUUUUCAAAAUGUAGCAGGUAUUUAUUACUUUAAGUCAUGAUUUUAAAUGUUUAUUCAUUUUGUCUGCUGUGACUAAAAUAAGCAUUUGUUAAUAAAA